UGGCUCAUGUCUGCAGCAGCAAGUGAGCACAUGUCCAGAGCAAACACAGCGAGACUCUCUCUUGACUUCAAGCUUGAAGUAAAUAUUUUCGCAGGAACUUCGCCUGAAGGUGCAACUUUAAAUGUAGGUCCCUGCCUGACUACUUUCAGGAAUAUGACUGCUUUCUUUGAGGGUUGCUGAGCAUCCAGAAAGUAACUUAUCUUUUUCAGAAAUGGUCAUAUGAUGGACAUUAAGAUUUUGUAACUUGAAGACUUGGACACUUUCUUUUUUGAAGAACUUGUGUUGUGAUCUACAGGUAUUUUUGCAGAUACUACUGACAAGGAUUGAAUCUCUUCACCAACCAGACGUUGGGGUAUUGCUUCUACCAACCGGCACACACAUCCUGGACAUCUGCAUUCAAUCAAAUGCAUUUACUGGAACUGGAUCAGUUUGACCUUACUUUACACACAUCCAAAUGUGCAGUUUGCCAUAUACUAUCUGGGUUCUGCGAAGUGUACAUGUCAACUUGCAGGCAGGUGUGAUACUGGGUCAGUGUGUUUGAUCUCCUAUAGAAACACACACGGAUGCAUCUGCAGAGACCAGGGAAUCAAAUGAGGACAUCCAAUCCUUUCAGAAAAAUUCAUUUUGAGUCUCAGCCCUGUGCUUGACAGAUGCUGCUGGAGACUUAACAUGUGCAUUGUUUUAGAACAAUGCUCUCCUCUUCUCACACAUUGUAGUGAAAUAUCACACCCAAGCUGCUUUGAUUUACUGCAUAAUUGGGUUAAGAGCCAAUUUAUCCUAAUCUGAAAGACAGUAUCUUCAAACCAUGGCCCUACAGACCUGUAAUUUGCAUCACUCCUUGGUUCCUCACCUCCUUCCCUUUGUCCUGCUGUUACUUCUCCAUGCCUGGGGAGGGUGCUGUCACCCCCAGUGUUUGGAUUACAAGCCUCCGUUUGAGCCCCGACAGCCACUGGUCUUCUGUAAAGAGUAUAGCAAGUUUGGAUGCUGCGAUCUGGAAAAAGAUGGGGAAAUAUCAGCCAAGUUUUACACCAUCAUGGACAACUUUGACCAUUCAGGUUAUGAAGCCUGUGGCAGGUACAUACGCAGCAUCCUCUGCCAGGAGUGUUCUCCAUACUCGGCCCACCUGUUCGAUGCUGAAGAUGCUAACACGCCCAUGCGGAUGCUGCCUGGCCUCUGCGGGGAUUACUGCUCCGGCUACUGGAUGCAGUGUCGCUACACGCUCAGCCUCCUCUUGGAGGACUCGGGGAACCCGCAGCAGUUUGCAAACCUGACUGCAACGAUAGAAGAAGACCGCAAAAAGUUCUGUGACUAUCUGGAGCUGAAGGACAAGCAAUACUGCUAUCCUAAUGUGUUGACAAAUACAGAGCUGAAUGCUAACCUCGGCUUGGUCCGUGAAGAUCCCACGGGAUGUCUGGAGCUGUGUUUGCAAGAGGUUGCCAACGGGCUCCGUAACCCUGUGGCCAUGAUUCACGCAGAAGACGGGACUCAUCGAUUCUUCGUGGCGGAGCAGCUGGGCUAUGUGUGGGUGUAUCUGGCCAACGGCUCCAGGAUCGACCGGCCUUUCCUUAACCUCACCCAUGCCGUCCUCACAUCACCGUGGGCAGGAGACGAGAGAGGAUUCCUUUGCAUAGCCCUACACCCAAGGUUCGAUGAGGUCAGAAAAGCCUACGUGUACUACUCUGUGUCCGUAAAGAAGGAGGAGAGGAUACGUGUCAGCGAAUUCACUCUGCUAACAGCCGAUGACAACCAACUAGAUCACUCCUCUGAGAGGACUAUUCUUGAGGUGGUAGAGCCAGCAUCCAAUCACAAUGGAGGACAGCUUCUAUUUGGCCGUGACGGGUACCUGUACAUCUUCAUCGGUGAUGGUGGCCGAGCUGGAGACCCAUUUGGAAAGUUUGGCAACUCACAGAACAAAUCAACACUCCUCGGGAAGGUGCUGCGUCUUGAUGUGGACAAUGACGAUGGCACCCCGUACAGCAUCCCCUCUGACAACCCUUUCUUGCACGAGAAAGAAGCUCGACCCGAGAUUUAUGCCUAUGGAGUUCGCAACAUGUGGCGUUGCUCCAUCGACCGAGGUGACCCCAGCACAGGCCGAGGCGGAGGCAGGAUGUUUUGUGGUGACGUAGGCCAAAACAAAUUUGAGGAGGUGGACCUUAUUGUUAAAGGAGGGAACUACGGAUGGAGGGCCAAAGAAGGCUUCAGCUGCUACGAUCGCAAACUCUGUCUAAACUCCUCGCUAGAUGACAUCCUGCCUAUCUUUGCCUACCCCCACAAACUGGGCAAAUCAGUGACGGGAGGUUACAUCUACAGAGGCUGUCAGAUGCCCAACCUUAACGGACUCUACAUCUUUGGGGAUUUCAUGAGUGGGCGUCUGAUGUCUCUGAAGGAGAAUGUCGCUUCAGGUGAAUGGCAGUACAGAGAGAUCUGCAUGGGAGGAGACCAGACCUGCAGAUUCCCAAAACUCAUCAACAGUUAUUAUAAAUACAUCAUCUCUUUUGCUGAGGAUGAAGCAGGUGAACUGUAUUUCUUGGCCACUGGAGUGGCGAGUGCCAAGGCCAGAGCAGGAGUCGUCUAUAAGAUAGUGGAUCCUUCCAGGCGAGCAGCACCAGGAAAAUGCAGCUUCAAACCUGCUCCUGUUAAGAUAAAAGGAAAACUGAUUCACUUCUACCCCAAAGAAGAGUUCGUAAUCAACAAGAAACCAACAACCACACCAAUACCAACAACAUCCACAAGAAAAACUACAACAACAACGAAAACACCCCCAAGAAGAAAAACACCAAUUAUUAUUAUCAAACCACCAAUGCCAACAAGAAAAACAAUAAGAAAAACAACAUUACAGACAACAAGAAAAACACCCCCAACAACAGCACUAAAAACAACCUCAAAAACAACAAUUAAACCAACAACCGUACCAACAACUGUCCAGAAGGCCAAGGAAACAACCCCCGCCCCAACCACACCCACCGGUUAUCGCACAACCAUCAUGACUGCGGCCUUCACUAGGAGUGCUCAAACACCAAUCAUCCCCACAUCUCCAACCAGGAAACACGGGAGACCCCUUCAAUACGCUCCUAUUACCACCUCCAAAUCUUUAACAUCAGCACAACCUCCUCCUUCCCCAUCCACAACAUCCAUGAAACGCCCCAAGGUGGCUUUGACCUCUGAGCGCCCAGCAGCGUUGACCACACCACGGCCGCAGUAUUGGAGUCUGAAACCCACGACAUCAGGAUACAAGCCCCAGAGACCGCCGGUCAACACAACACCGACCAAAACACAAGAAGAGGGGCAGCGGCUCGGAGAGAAGCUGGAAAACACCGGAGGGGCUAACCAAGUAUACAAGAGGCCCCGAGGAAGAAGUCGAGGUUCGAAGAGAGGAAGAGGAGGAAGAGGAGGAAGAGGAGGAAGAAAGCUGCGUGCCGGCUCGGUGCGACUGGUGACCACUGAUGGAUUAUCAGAUCGAGGCAGACUGGAGAUCUUUAUCCGUGGGGAGUGGGGGACGGUAUGCGAUGACCUUUUCACCAGCAAAGCAGGUUCUGUGGUGUGUCGACAGCUCGGCUUCACCACGGCGUUGGCGGUGAUGAAGAGGGCUGCCUUGGGGGAGGCGGACCGCAACGUCAGGAUCCUGUUGGAUGACGUGGAGUGUGAGGGCGGGGAGAGGUCGCUGCUGGAGUGCAAGAGAUCCAGGGUGGGGAAACACAACUGCUCACAUGGGGAAGAUGUAGGGGUGAUCUGCGGUUAGCAUGGAGGAGAUGAAAGUAGAACAAAGUAUAGGAAGGAAAGGAAACAAGGAGGCAGGGGAGGGAUGUAUGUUAUGUAUUGCAUACAAGAAGUAACGGGAUGAGGAAAAAAAGUAUUAGAAGAGAUUAUAAAAGAUGACUGCAGACUGCUUUAUUUUCAAGCAUGAAUGUUGGUGAGGUUGGACAGGUUGCUUAAAUGUCUAUGAAUUGUAUUUUUUUUAUUUUCCAGGUCUACAUAUUCAUGUUUCAUAUGUCAGAAGACAUAUGUAUGUUUUUUAUGAUAAGUAUUUUUUUUUGUAAAAGGUCAAUAAGGAAUGAGUGAGUGUCUUGAGUAACUUGAAUCCUACUUUUGAAGUGUUUUCUGUUUACAUACUUACAUGUGGCAGACACCAGAUCCUGUUAAACAGUCAGGUGUGUCCUAAGAGAAUAUAUUUGUAUUUUUGUAUCAUCUCAAGCAGGUCUUUUAUUUUUCUCAAACAGCUUCUUAUAUUUGCAUUUUGAUACCUUUUUUAAUGUAGUUUUAAGAUGAACACAUCUCAAGAGUUUUAACAAGGAAAUGCUGGACAUUCUGAAUGAUGAAUGUAA